GAAGAAACCAACCAAUUCAAUCCAGGCCCAUCAAAGCCCAAAUCCAUCAACCCUAACUCCUUCAAGCACAACCUCCACCGUCACAGACCGCCGGCGCCGUUCGACUCUUCGACCUCCACGCCGACGUCGCGCUGCGCCUGCCACCUUUAUCUUGAACCGCGACGUCGUUGUCCGCCCCUCCCGCGCCGGCGAGGCGACCGAGCCCCCUCCCCUCCUUCCCUGCCUCGUGCCACUAGCGCCGCCCUUCGCCGCCGCCGCCGCCGCCGCCCGCGAGGGAGACGCGAGAAGGAUGAGGGUGAAGAGGCGGUCCAAGAACCGCAAGGUGGUCAGGUUCUACGCCACCUGCUUCGGCUUCCGCGAGCCCUACAGGGUGCUCGUCGACGGCACCUUCGUCCACCACCUCCUCAGUCACAGCCUCCUCCCCGCCGACGACGCCCUCCAGUCCCUCCUCUCCGCCUCCAGGCCCCCUCCCCUCUUCACCUCCAAGUGCGUCCUCGCCGAGCUCAGGCGCCUCGGCAAGUCCCACGCCGACGCCUUCGACGCCGCCGCCCUGCUCGCCACGGCCAAGUGUGAGCAUGACAAAGUAGUCAGUGCAGUGGAUUGUGUUCUGUCACUGAUAGGUGAAAAGAAUCCCGAACACUUCUUUGUUGCCACCCAGGAUUCUGAUCUCCGUGCAAAGCUACGGGAGGUUCCUGGUGUUCCUGUGAUAUAUGGUCUGAAGAGCUCCUUGUUCAUUGAACAACCCUCUGUGCAGCAACGUAAAUUUGCUCAGUUGGACGAGGAGAAGCGUCUGCAUAUGGGUAAAUCAGAAUAUCAGAAGCUACUGAAGGUUCCAUCGGAUGGAAAGGCGGCUGCCAGUGAAAACGCAAGUGAUGAUGAAAAGAACAGAAGGCCUAUCAGUUCUCUUGUAGAAAAUGCACUUGGGGUGGCCGACAAAAGCAAAUUUAAGAAGAAAAGACCAAAGGGACCAAACCCACUCUCCUGUAAGAAAAAGAAACCAAAGCCCCAAUUGUCAGCUGCUCAAAAUCAGAUUAACAUGCCCAUUAUUAGUAUCUAUUAUGUUGUUGGAAAAGCAUGUCUAGAAGAGCUGUUUGCUGUCGAUGCAACACGAGGACUGAUGAGAACAUGUGUCCUACAGGGGCCCAAAGCUGAUGGGGAGGCAAAGCGAAAGAGAGUUAGGAAGCGGAAGAGAAGCCACAAAGAUAGCAAGCAAACGGAAACAAUGAGCUAAGAAAGAUGAGCUGCAAAGUUAAGAAACUCUCGCUGCAUAUCCAGAGGCAGAGCUAGGUGGCACAAUGUUUUGAAGAUAGAAAUCAUACUGAUCUCAUGGUGUGCCACUCAUUGAGUCGGCUGCGUUCUUUGAAUUGUAAUGCUUGAUUGUUCACAGAUAUUUAUGAUAGAUCCGUAUAGGAUGUAUCUGGAUGUCUUCUUGUAGCAGUUGAUGCAACACUGUCUAUCAAAUGGAAUUCAUGGUGCUACUGCUAAUCUGAUAGAAUUUCCUAUUGGGUUCAAA